UCCCCCUGAGUCCAGUUCUGGUUCCAUCCGGUCCAUCUGAGUCCAGUUCUGGUUCCAUCGGGUCCAUCUGACUGCUUGGCAUCAUGACACUGGUCCUGCAGGUCCUGGGUCUGGUUCUGUCCGUGGUGUCCUGGUGUCUUCAGUCCAGUUGCUCGUCAUCUCAGGUGUGGAAGUCACGCAGUCAGGUGGACUCGGUCACCAACAGUGAUUGGCUGUUUGAAGGGCUGUGGAUGAGCUGCGUUGCCACGACAACGGGUUCAGUCCAGUGCAACCGCUUCAGGACCGUCCUGGGUCUACCGGCCCACCUCCAGGCCUGUCGCGCGCUGAUGAUCAUGUCGCUGCUGAUCGGACUCGCCGCCAUCAUCGUCUCCGUCCUCGGCCUCAAGUGCACGAAGAUCGGCAGAACCUCGGACCAGGCCAAAGCCCAGAUGGUCCUGACCGGAGGAAUCAUGGUCAUCCUGUCUGGUCUGUUGACGCUGACCGCCGUGUCCCUGUACGCCGCCCAGGUCAUCCACGACUUCUACGACCCGCUGUACGGAGGCGUCAGGUUUGAGCUGGGUACUGGUCUGUAUCUGGGCUGGGGGGCCUCUGGUCUGGCCCUCCUGGGGGGGUUGAUGCUCUGCUGCUCCUGUAGGAGGAGCCUCCCCGCCCCCCCUGCACGACAGUUUUCGUACAACUACUCGACGGCCGAUCGUCAGAACAUCUACCGAGUGACACCGUCCUCCGACAGUGGCAGCGCCAAAGCCUACGUCUGAACGCCUGUUACUGUGGAAACGCUGAGGCAGACACCAGGACGCCAUCGGCAAAUUCAGGACGGAUUAAGAUGAAUCCUCUUAGUGUAAAAUUAAAUGAGUGCACCGAGGGCAUUAUUAUUAUUAUUAUUAGUAGUAGUAGUAGUAGUAGUAGUAUUAAUAUUAAUAAUAAGUAAAUGUAGAAUU